AUGACCGAUGCAGGUGUAGUGGACAAGCUCCCCCGUCGUCGCAAGCCGCGCAAGUCGCGGGGCCGCGGUCUCCGCACAACAGCUGGCUGUCUCAUAUGCAAGCAGCGCCAUGUGAAAUGCGACGAGGUGCGCCCGCAGUGUGGCCCUUGUCGAAAGGGCCGGCGGCCAUGUGCAUACGGUAGCAGCCACAGCGACACCAAGCCAGGUUCUGCAGAUAAUUCGUAUUUCUUGGGAGAAUCAGACAAUUCGGCCGAUGUCGAUAAUAAUACUGAGGACGAGAAUGUCAGUCCAAACGUGCAGGAACACGGCCAUCUUGCGACUAUCGUAUCCCCAGCAAUACCACACCACCCAACAACUGCCGCCAUGGCCACGCUUCCUCUAGCAUCGCCUAUUUCAUAUCAAACCACUGCGGCCAUAUCUCCUGCUACAGAGAAAUCAUUCGGUGGACAUGCGCCAUACAGCUGGUUUGAGUUGCUCGCCACCGAUGUCGCUAAUACCGAUAAUACUUUUUUACUGUCACCCGCCGGCCAGGUUGACACUCCAGCAGAGGCUCCUCUAUAUCAGGAAAACCAUAAUUCUCCUUCCAGCGACCUUCUGAUUCCCCGAAACCAGAGAGAACGACAGAGUUUUCGAGCAGCUGCAUUCGGAGACAUUCCCGGCAACAACAACAUCGCCACAUCAGCCAUCCCGACAGCAGCAUCACCUGCAGCGGUUUUGGAUGACUCGAAAACGUCCUGGAACCUGGCUGCGCCGGUGAAUUUGAGCUCUCAGGAACGAUAUAUACUUUCCCACUUUAUCCGCCAUCUAAGUACCUGGCUGGACUUUUUCGAUCCCCUCCGACAUUUCGGGAGCCUUGUUCCACACCUUGCUCUCAAUAAUGUUGGCCUACUGAAGGCUUUGCUGGCCCUUUCAGCCCGCCAUAUUUCGAUUUGCGAGAAUGCCAUGUCUCUUGGAGUGACGCAGCGGGAAUCACCAGAUGCCCACAGAAGCCAUCCAACAGAAGCAAGUACCACUGACCGAGAAACGGCUGUUCAGUAUUAUUACGAAACCCUCCAGUACCUUCACAAGGCAAUGCACUACAGGUCUUACACAUGGAGCCGGGAACUGGUGGCCACCGCCAUUCUAAUCAGCACCUACGAGAUGAUUGAUGGGUCAAAUAAAGAUUGGGAAAGACAUCUCAAGGGAGUCUUCUGGAUCCAGCGCUCACAGGACAAUGACGGGGAAUGCGGAGGUUUACGCCAGGCUGUAUGGUGGACGUGGCUGCAGCAAGAUAUCUGGGUUGCAUUGAUGGAGCGGCGGCGCGUAUUUAGCUUCUGGCGUCCCACACGACCGGUGGACUCGCUGAACGCCCCGGAGCUGGCAUGCCGAGCCAGCUAUCUGCUUGCACAAUGCAUAAACUAUGCUUCAUGCGAAGAGAUACAAGGUCAGACGAUAGACCAACGGCUUACUAGGGGCAACGAAUUGUUUCAAAUGAUCGAGGACUGGAAUCAUAGUCUUCCUCCAGAAUUCAACCCACUUCCCACCACCAGCCAAUCCGGCGACAACAAUAUUAUAUUUCCUGAAAUAUGGAUCUAUCCACCAUCAUACGCUGCAGCAGUUCAGAUGCACAAUCUCUCGCGUAUUCUUUUGCUUAUGCAUCGCCCGUUAUGCGGUGGCCAUCGUGAAUACAGCAUUAUACAGCGAGCUAUCAGACACGCGGUCGAAAUCGUGUGCGGCAUCGCAAGAACGGUCGAAAAGGGAUGCAUGCCUGCAAACUAUGUGUCAAUUCUAUGCUUGUUCAUGGCCGGUAUAGCUCUCCAUGUACCACAUGAGCGUGCUGUGGUCCUUGGUCUGAUCGAGUCGUGCGAGCAGCAGAUGACCUGGUCGAAGAGGUCGUUGCGGAUGGAGUUGGAGUUGGAAUGGCGCAAAAUUGACGCCGGCAAUGCUUGA